CAAUGAAAUCACAUUCAUUUUCCACAUUUCUUUCUCUCUCUUCGUUUAUCUCUCUCUCUCUCUCUCUCUCUCUCUCAGGUGUGUGUGUCGGAGUAUGAAGAGUUAAGGUGAGCGAGAAAGAGGAAAGGGGUUUCUAGGGUUUGUGGCGCAUUUCCUGCUUGAGAUCCAGGUUUUGAAUUGGAUUCUUGCUUAGGGUAUCGCGCAUACUAUGUUUCCUUUUUUCCCAUUUGCUUAGCUUCGAUAAGUUAUUUCCUUCGAUCUAGAGUUAUCGCUUCUGCGGGAUACUCUGUCUUAAUUUCUCUCUAUCAAUCUUCUUUUCAUUCGGCACCUCUUUUCGCGUCCAUUGUAAUAUUGAUUGUUCGAAUUUUCUGUUCAAUUUGGCGUCGCGAGGGUGCAUUGUCGGGCGUGAGCAAGUGUGUUAGGGUUUUUGUGAAGCUUGUGGUAUUUAUUGGGCUCUGGGAACUAUUCCAUUGUUCAAGCUCGCGGACAUUUAGUUCAUGUUCGCUAUUUAUCUUCCCCUUAUCCUACCUUAAUUAUUUGGUCUGAAGUGAAGGCCUUUAUCGUCAAAUAAUAUCAAAUUACUGUUAUGGGAGUGCAGAGAAGACUAUUACGAGCCUAAAGUUUUAGCAAUUUUGAUAUCGGCACAUAGUGAUUGUAUAGAACCAAAGAGCUUAAUUGCUGUUGUUUUGUCUCUUUAUCUGUUUGAAGACCUAUUUGUUAAGAUAAAAAGGAAUAAAACGAUUGGUUAAUAAGAGAAUAUCCUCAUCAUUUGGUUUUAUCGUGUUCUUUUUGUUAUUGAAGUCUGGAGAAUGAUUAUGACCUAAGUUGUACUUUAAGAAUUCAGAGAUUUCCAGAAAUUGCUAUGUGAGUGUAGAGCUCAUUGUGACGGUUGAUAUGUGCAGAUAUUGCAAUUUUAUCUUAUGGCACCAACUGUACCUAUAGAAUUUGCUGGACAAAAGAAAUCUAGAAAGUGUUCUCUUUCACAAAUGAUGGGGAAAAAAUCACGAAAGUACUCCAAAGGCCAUGCCACCGGUUUUGUUCCAGAUUUUCGUCAUGCUGUAGAGACUAUGGGUGAAUCGGAAGGACUUUGUAGCUCGGGAAGGGUCGAUAAUGAGUUGACUAUGUCAGAAGGCUCGUGUGCCCCGAAGAGGAAGUGUCUUACUUCUAAUCUUGAUGGUCAUGAGAGUUUUGAUGUGCCAUUUCAGGUGUUGUCUUUAUCUAAGAUGAAACGUUCUGGGAGAAAGGACUUGAAAUUGAGGUUAAAAGCUGAACUUCAAAAAGUAAAGACACUCCAAAAGAAAUUUGCUGGUAUGAAUUCAACCACUACUGAAUUAUCUCCAUAUAGUGACAUACGGAGCUGCAGUGAGGGAGAGAAGAAGCCUCCACUGGAGAGCCAGCAUAGCACACUGGAAUCAUCAGCACUACAUGGUAAGAAGCGCCCACCACCAAAGCGUAAUGGCCCAAAAACGAAGGGUAGUAUUUCUGGGCAAUUUGAAGCUGUGAAAUCUGCUGCAUCAGUGGCUCCUUCAUAUGCUGCAUUGGUGAAGCAGUCCGAGUCGUUACUUAAUCGUGUGAUGUCUCAUCAAUUUGGUAAAGUUUUUGACAAGCCAGUUGACGUUGUGAAAUGGAACAUUCCAGAUUAUUUCACUAUCAUCAAGCACCCGAUGGAUUUGGGUACCGUGAAGAGUAGACUGAUUUCGGGUGAAUAUUCAAGUCUCAUGGAUUUUGCUGCAGAUGUGCGGCUGACUUUCUCAAAUGCAAUGACUUAUAAUCCACCUGGCAAUGAUGUGCAUGUCAUGGCAGAGACACUAAAUAAAUAUUUUGAAACAAGAUGGAAGCCUAUAGAAAAGAAGAUUCUUGCCAUUGAUGAUGUACCAUCUGAGCCUUCAAAAUCCACUACUUGUGUUGAAACUGAAAUUGCUGACCUAAAUCCUCCUGCGAAAAAGAAGAAAAUAACACCUAAUGACACUAAUGUCAAGCCAGAGUCCAUUAAAAGAAUCAUGACUGAUAAGGAGAAGCAAAAGUUGAGUAUGGAAUUGGAGGCGUCGCUUGCAGAUUUGCCUGAAAACAUUAUUGAUUUCUUGAAGGAGCAAAGUAAUACUGUUGGCCAGACAAAUGAUGAUGAAAUUGAGAUUGAUAUAGAUGCCCUCGGUGAUGUUACAUUGUUUAAACUGCGGAAGCUUCUUGAUGAUUUUUUGCUAGACAAGCAAACCCAAGCAAAAGCUGGACCAUGUGAAAUGGAGCCUGCCAAUGAAUCUGGAUUUAGCAAUUUAUCAGUGCAACCAUGUAAAGGCAAUGAACCAGUUAAAGAGGACGUGGACAUUGUUGGUGGGAAUGAUCCUCCUCUUUCAAGUUACCCUCUUGUAGAGAUUGAGAAUGAUGGUACCAACAAAACCAGCCAACACAGUAGUUCAAGCAGCUCUAGUAGUGAAUCUGGCUCUUCAUCCAGUGAUUCAGAUAGUGAGUCAGACAAUGCUAAAGCAUCAGUGUCUUUGAAUCCUAUUAAGGAAAAAGUAGGAUCUGGCUUGUCUCUAGAUCAAAAGGAGGGGAAUCUUGAUAAUUCAGAAACAGGAAUUGAUUCAGUGAAUGCUGGCCAUGUUGAGCAGAGUUCCCAGACUAAUUCCGUUAGUGAUGAACCUGAAAACCAUCAAGAGGGGGAGAAUGCUCCAUCUAAGAAGCAAGUAUCCCCCGAAAAGCUUUACCGUGCAGCUUUAUUAAGAAGCCGAUUUGCUGACACCAUACUUAAAGCUCAGGAAAAGGCGCUUGAAAAGGUUGACAAGCGGGAUCCUGAAAAACUCCGCAUGGAGCGAGAAGAGCUUGAAAGGCGACAAAAAGAGGAGAAAGCUCGAUUGCAGGCAGAGGCAAAGGCUGCAGAAGAGGUUCGGAAGAAAGCUGAAGCGGAAGCAGUAGCUGAAGCCAAAAGAAAAAGGGAACUUGAGAGAGAAGCAGCUCGUCAGGCUUUGCAAAAGAUGGAGAAAACAGUUGAUAUCAAUGAGAGCAGUCAAUUUUUGGAAGAUCUAGAGAUGCUGAGUGGCGUCCAAGAUGAACAUUUACCAAAUUUCAUUGAGGAAAGAAGUCCAGAUCUUCCUGAAAAUGGCUUGGGUAGUUUCAAACUACAGGGCAGUUGUAAUCCGUUAGAACAGCUAGGAUUGUACAUGAAGGUUGAUGAUGAGGAUGAGGAAGAAGAACCGCCUCAGAGUACUGCAGGGAAAACAAAUGAUGUAGAAGAAGGAGAGAUCGACUGAUGGGUUCAUUAUUGUUGCAUCAGUUUAGCAAGAUAAAUUGGUGGUUUCAAGAAACAGUCGGUAUAGCCAGGUUUAGCAACAAUGCCUUUUCCAGCUUCGGUGCCAAAGUACUAUCCCUGGCUCGGCACUUGAGAAAAUGCGACAGCAGAAGCUAGAAUUAAAGGGCAUAAACAUUGUUUUUGGUUUUAGGGUAGGAUAGGAAAUGGUUUGAUGUUGAAUAGCAAGCAUUUUGGUCCUAUUUAUUUUGAAGGGCUUUGCUAUCUAGGUGGAUAGCUAGUAUCAAUUAGAAUAUUCAGUUUUGUUUGUAAAUAGGAAUUCAUAUUUGUAUAGAUUUCUAUUUCUAUGCUCUGAUCUUAGUCAGCUUCACUCAAUGUAAAAUAUUUGAUAGCCGAGGCGAAAGCAAUUCUUUCUAUUUAUUAUUCCUUUUAAGAGACUUUAACCGCAAGUGUGUGGAGAGUAUUAUUCCUUUUAAGAGACUUUCUAUUUAGAAAUUGUAUGUAAGGUAGAAGUAUUUUGUAAUGGGUUUUGCAAACAUGAGAAAAUUUAAAUUUAUUCGUUAUUAACAUGUA